AAACUCUCUCGCUCUCUCUCCCCCGUGGGCGACCUGACCUACAUCUCCUCCGUGUCUGCGCCUGCUGCACAAACUUUUCUCUCGCGCAUUUUCCUUCCUUUUCUCGCAAUCCAAACAGGCCCAACGAGGUUUUAAGACGCUCGAAGACGAGGGUUUCUGCGAGAUCGAGUUACGACCACGGAACUCGGUUUUCGGGAAAAUCGGACCAGUUUUUGUCUUUGGAUUCCGGGAAGAAAUGGUUUGGAGACGCCUAAUUAUGCAGGUUUCAAGAAAUCAACAGGAGUCGAGAAGUUUAAGAAAUCUACUGGUCAGAAGUUACUCUCGUGUCCCCAAUGGAUUCCUUGGAGCUGCAGCUGAUAGAGCUUCCUCUCUCCAAAGGAGGUCGCAGUCAAGUUAUGUUGGGAGCUUCACUCGUAGACUGCGUGAAACACAUGAAGGGAAUGAAGUUGCACAGCUGAGAGAACUUUAUCGAAGAAAUGACCCUGAAGCUGUUAUCAGAAUAUUUGAGAGCAACCCGUCACUACAUUCAAAUCCCUCCGCACUAUCUGAAUACAUUAAGGCAUUGGUCAAGGUUGAGAGGCUGGAUGAAAGUGAGUUGCUUCGAACAUUGCAAAGAGGUAUUGCUGGUGCGUCCAGGGAGGAAGAAGCUUUUGGAGGUCUAUCAGCCUUUAAAAACGUGGGAAAACCAGUAAAAGAGGGAGUGCUCGGAACUGCCAAUGCACCUAUCCAUAUGGUAGCCACUGAAAAAGCCCACUUCAAAGAGCAGUUAUGGAAUACAAUUCGAUCUAUCGCUGUUGGUUUUCUGCUUAUUUCCGGUGUUGGAGCACUUAUUGAGGAUAGAGGGAUUGGCAAAGGACUUGGUUUGCAUGAGGAGGUGCAACCGAGCAUGGAAUCAAACACAAAAUUUAGUGAUGUAAAGGGUGUUGAUGAAGCAAAGGCAGAGCUAGAAGAAAUUGUGCAUUACCUUCGUGAUCCCAAGAGGUUCACUCGUUUGGGAGGAAAGCUCCCUAAAGGUGUACUACUCGUGGGUCCUCCUGGAACGGGAAAAACUAUGCUUGCAAGGGCUAUUGCCGGAGAAGCUGGGGUACCUUUCUUCUCUUGCAGUGGUAGUGAAUUUGAAGAGAUGUUUGUUGGUGUGGGAGCCAGAAGAGUAAGAGAUCUUUUCAGUGCUGCAAAGAAAUCUUCUCCUUGUAUUAUAUUUAUCGAUGAAAUAGAUGCUAUUGGAGGAAGCCGUAAUCCCAGAGAUCAGCAGUACAUGAAGAUGACUUUGAACCAAUUGCUGGUUGAAUUGGAUGGUUUCAAACAGAAUGAAGGGAUUAUUGUUAUUGCCGCCACAAAUUUCCCGGAAUCAUUGGACAAGGCUCUGGUGAGACCCGGGAGGUUUGAUCGUCACAUUGUUGUCCCAAACCCAGACGUGGAAGGUCGACGCCAGAUUUUGGAGUCUCACAUGUCCAAGGUCCUAAAGGCUGACGAUGUUGAUUUGAUGAUCAUCGCUCGAGGGACACCGGGGUUUUCUGGUGCUGAUUUGGCAAACCUGGUAAAUGUUGCUGCUCUGAAAGCUGCGAUGGAUGGUGCAAAAGCUGUGACAAUGGCUGAUCUUGAGUUUGCGAAGGACAGGAUAUUGAUGGGAAGUGAAAGAAAAUCGGCUGUUAUCUCUGACGAGUCGAGAAAACUUACCGCAUUCCAUGAGGGUGGUCAUGCCCUUGUUGCCAUCCACACUGAAGGUGCUCAUCCAGUCCACAAAGCCACCAUUGUACCCCGUGGUAUGGCUCUUGGCAUGGUGUCUCAAUUGCCAGAAAAAGAUGAAACAAGCGUAUCCAGGAAACAGAUGCUUGCUCGGCUUGAUGUCUGCAUGGGAGGUCGGGUAGCUGAAGAGUUGAUUUUUGGCGAUAACGAGGUCACUUCGGGUGCUUCUUCUGACCUUGAGCAGGCAACUAAACUUGCAAGAGCCAUGGUUACGAAAUUCGGUAUGAGCAAAGAGGUGGGUCUCGUGAGACACAACUAUGACGACGAUGGCAAGAGCAUGAGCACCGAGACAAGGCUUCUGAUCGAGAAAGAGGUGAAAAACCUUUUGGAAAGGGCCUAUAACAAUGCAAAGAACAUACUCACAACUUACAACAAGGAGCUUCAUGCACUUGCAAAUGCUUUGCUUGAGCAUGAGACACUGACUGGUAACCAGAUAAAAGCAUUGCUUGCCCAAGUCAACAACUCCCCACAGUUGCAGAAACAUCAAGAGGAGGUGGUCGCUCAGCAAAGCAACCACCCAGUUCCUCCAUCGACGCCUAACCCAGCUUCUUCUGCAGCUGCUGCUGCUGCGACGGCUGCAGCCAAAGCCAAGGACAUGGCUCCUGUUGGAUCUUGAGAAUAGAUCACAUUAUGGAUCAUAGGAAGCCGGUGGAAGAGAUGCUGGGAGUGGGUAGACAGUGAGACUGGUGAUGAUAUCAGGUUUCAAUCUUGAGACUCCAGUGGCAAUGCGGUGUUGUUUCACAGUCUUGUUUCCCUCUGAUAACGUCGGCUUUUUUAAUUAGUAGUUUUCCCUUUUUGUCCCCAUUUGAUUUUUUGUACACAGUUUCAGAAUCACUUCACUACAACCAACAAAUUGAAUAAUAAUCAUAUGCCGCAUUCUAUUA